AUCGCCUCGGCGUCCCUUUCAAAUCUCGCGGCACGACCCGGGAACCAAUCGCCUCGCUCGCCCUCCGACCCGGAAGCAGAGCGGGCGCUCGCCGCGGCCGCCCUUGGUCAUGAGAGUGGUACCCAGGUCGCCUCCCCUGCAUUAGUUUUGUGACAGCCAAUAAAAGAACAUUUUGAUCCUCACCACUGCUCAAGCUUUGGAAUACAAGAUGAAGCAAGACGUUACAAGAAACGCUGCCUAUACGGUGGAUUGUGAAGAUUAUGUGCAUGUGGUAGAAUUUAAUCCCUUUGAGAGUGGAGAGUCGGGAAACCUGAUCGCAUAUGGCGGCAGUAAUUAUGUGGUUGUUGGCAUGUGUAUGUUUCAGGAGGAAGGAACAGACACUGAAGGAAUUCAGUACAAAACACUACGAACAUUUCACCAUGGAGUCCGAGUUGAUGGCAUUGCCUGGAGCCCAGAGACCAAGCUUGAUUCGCUGCCUCCCGUAAUCAAAUUUUGUACGUCAGCCGCUGAUAUGAAGAUUAGAUUAUUUACUUCAGACCUUCAAGAUAAAAAUGAAUAUAAGGUUUUGGAGGGCCACUCGGAUUUCAUUAAUGAUUUGGUGUUUCAUCCCAGAGAAGGCCAGGAAAUCGCGAGUGUGAGUGACGACCAUACCUGCAGGAUUUGGAGCUUGGAAGGAAAGCAGACAGCUCAUUUUCUUCUUCAUUCUCCUGGAAUGAGUGUAUGCUGGCAUCCUGAGGAAACUUUCAAGCUAAUGGUCGCAGAGAAGAACGGAACAAUCCGGUUUUAUGAUCUAAUGGCCCAGCAGGCAAUUUUAUCUCUUCAGUCAGAACAGACACCAUUAAUGUCAGCACACUGGUGCUUGAAAAACACCUUCAAAGUUGGUGCUGUUGCAGGAAAUGAUUGGAUUAUCUGGGAUAUCACUCGGUCCAGUUAUCCUCAAGAGACAAGACCUGUCCACAUGGAUCGCGCACACUCGUUUAGGUGGUCUGCCAUUAGUGAAAACCUGUUUGCAACCACUGGAUAUCCUGGCAAAAUGUCCAGUCAGUUUCAGAUUCAUCAUUUAGGACACUCUCAGCUCUGACAAAACAAAACUCCAAUGUUGUUUUGAAGUCCAGAAACGAAGCUCCAAGAGGAAAUGUGGAUGCUGAGCCGCUAGGAUCGGUCUAAAUAACUGCAUGAAGCUAUGAUUCAAAGUAACCUGACUGCUUUCAGAAGUCCAGGUGCUGAGUCACCUACAGAAAAAGCCAGGAGAGGUUAAUGAAAAGCAGCUGCAUUUCUUACAACAGACCUUCCCUUUAAAGGUGGGCAGAGCUAAGCAAAGGCUGGCGACUGAGGCCUGCUGAGUUUCUCCACACAAAUGGCGGGUCUGAUGCUGAGUUCAGAUCUCCAGAACCAUUUAAACUAGUUCAUCCUCAGCUGCUUGCCUUGCCUUGCCUUGCCUUCAUGAGAGAAGCCUCAAUAAAGGCUAUGGUGCUGUCUUGUCUCCUGAACAAGGUCUAGCAUUUCCCUUAACUGCAUGACACGGCAUCUUGUCUCCAUUUUUUGCUUGGGAUGAAUGCAGAAAAUACCUCUCCCUAGAGCAGAGUUAGCAUUGCCACAGCAUUGAUAUGAGCUGCUAGAACAUUGCCAAAGAUGUGUCUGUUGGAAUCACUCUCGAAAGAAUUAUGUCUCCUUUAAGGUGCUGGAGGCCAGGGAACUUUGACUCUCUGACAAGUGUGAGACCCUUCCCUGGUGCUUUGGCUGCCUUGAGCAGAAAAAACUGUCAGCUAAGCAGCCCACUGGAUCACCCUCCUGCCAGCAGUGGCCACUCUGAGGAGGCUAACCAGUAACCACAGCUGCUUGCUAUUGUAUUAAAGGCCCUGUCCCAGUCGUGAUUGUUUUAAACAUCUCAAACAGACCUUUGUGCCUUCAAAAAACCCCUGGUCAACUGGAGGUUCAGUUAUUUUUCAGCCCAAAGCAAAGGAGCCAUAGUGCCCCAAAUGGCGCGGCAGAUGGUCUCUGACCGGUGUACGCCCUGUUGGUCAUUUCUAUGGUAAAUGCAUGCAUGCCCUUUCUAAUGGUAGAAGCACACUGUUGGGCUCACUUUCUGAGUUAGCCAGAAGACUACCUCUUGUAUUGCCCUGCGAUGUGCAACCUGAAGACCUUAGGAGGUUUCUCUAGAGAGGUCUUUCCUGGCCUGAGUUUGAUUUCUCACCCUUAGCAGAGUGAAGGAAGGACAGCAGCAGACGCUUCAGCAGGGGACAGUGGUGCUGGGGAGCUCCCGAGAACAGCCGUGGCAGAAAUGGUACAGGAUGAGUUGGGCAGAAGCAAAGAAAAUGAGGGCCGAGAAGAACUAGAGACUGGGCACUUCAGGCUUCGCUUACUGGAGGACUCCCAGAGAUUAUCCAAGCCUAAAGACCAAGAUCCUAACACCCUGGGCUCAAGAGCUGUGACUCUGGACGUUCACAGCCUGUAUGAGAGAGCAGCACUAGAAGAUGUCACAUCACUUCUGCUUGCUGCUCGCUGAAGCCAAAGGUGACAACUGACAGGGCUGCUGGUCCUUAAGCCCCAGAGCUAUAAGCCUUCAGCCAGAAGGAGCUAUAAGCCUUCAGCCAGAAGGAGCUAUAAGCCUUCAGCCAGAAGGAGCUAUAAGCCUUCAGCCAGAAGGAGCUAUAAGCCUUCAGCCAGAAGGAGCUAUAAGCCUUCAGCCAGAAGGAGCUAUAAGCCUUCAGCCAGAAGGAGCUAUAAGCCUUCAGCCAGAAGGAGCUAUAAGCCUUCAGCCAGAAGGAGCUAUAAGCCUUCAGCCAGAAGGAGCUAUAAGCCUUCAGCCAGAAGGAGCUAUAAGCCUUCAGCCAGAAGGAGCUAUAAGCCACUGGUCUGUGAAUCCAGGCUAUAGGACUUGGGUGCUGUGGUAGUUUAAAUAGGUUUGGUCCACAAAGAUUCAUGCGUUUGAGCACUUGGCAUAGGGAGUGGCACUAUUAGAAGGUGUGGCCUUAUUGGAGGAGGUAUAUCACUGUGUGGGUGGACUUUGAGGGCUCCUAUGUUCAGGCUCCAUCAAGUGGGGAAUCUGAUCUUUCACCUAGCUGCCUUUGGUUCAAGAUGCAGAGCUCUUGGCGCUUCCAGCACCGUGUCUGUCUGCAGGCUGUUAUGCUUCCAGCCAUGAUGAUAAUGGACUGAACUUCUGAAACUGUAAACCAGCCCCAAUAAAUGUGUGACUUUAUAAGA